CCGCGUGUGUCCGUCGCAUUUUCAAUGCGACACCGCUCCUCAUCUGUCAUAAUAUGGAUAUAUACCACAUUCGUGCUCUUAUCAAUAUUCAGUUCUCAUAUUUGUGGUUUUGUGAAGUCUCCGACAAGUAUAAAUGGAUUAUAUUGUAAAGUGCAAUUGGAAACGAUUAGAAUUGUAAGGUCCGCAAUGGAAUUUCUAGACAGUGUGAACGAAAAUCGGUGCAAAUGUGAUUUUAUAUAAAUGUAAGAAAGACUAAACUAAUUUAUUAACACGGUAGUAUCGAUGCAGUUAUCCAUUAAAAGAUGGAACGUUACAAACUGGACGCGUUACGAUUUCGUGCUUCCUUUAGUGAGUUAAACUAGUGUGUAGUGAUAAAAGUCUGAUUUGGUUAAACGUUAGUUUUAUCUAUAUCGGAGUAUGCUGAUCAACACGUUCCUUGAUACUGAGGAUUUUGUACACCUGUACUAUCCGGAAGAUGAGCCGCCGGCCCCGCAGGGCUGUGGUGCGGGAGCACGCCUCGCUUCGAAGUACCCUCGACCGACCACACCGGAAUAUAAGGAGGUGGCAGCGACGUCGAGCGAAAUGAGCGAGCGCGAGCGGUAUCGCGCGCCGCCGCAACCGGAGCCUCCGCCGCACCGCGUGCGCGCCUCAGAUCUCUACCCGCGCACGCGCACGCACUACGACGAGCCCGGCUUGGAUUCUGGUUUCACUCCAAUAUGCGGCGAAUUUGUGCAGUGGGUGGGCCGCACGGCAGACGGCGGUACGAUUGCGAUGUCAAACUACCGCCUUCACUUGCAGCCGCGAAGGCGUGGCGGACCCGGUGCUUCGGUGCCGUUACGGCUUAUUGACGCACUUGAGAUCCGCGAUUUACUCUGCUUAUAUAUACUCUGUAAACACGGCCGACAAUUAAAAUGCUCAUUCAACACAGGAGACCAGUGCGUUGAGUGGUGGAGAAGACUGAACACGGCUUUAGUUCCCAUUGGUUCUCUGCAAGAAACGUUCGCAGCUGCAUAUGCCGCCUGGGCCAAGGAACUACCUCCCACGUCCGUCCACAAGGCGCUAAUGAGGGCGUCACAAGCCCCUCAACGACAUUGGUUCGGACCUGAGUUGGAACGACUCGGUUUUACGACUAAAGGCGCGUGGCGCGUCACCGCUGCUAAUGCAGAGUACAAGCUAUGCCCUUCUUAUCCUCCGCUGCUCAUCGUUCCGGCAUGUAUCGGCGACGAAGACCUGGACUCCGUUGCGCGUUUCCGCGCAAUGCGUCGUAUUCCGGCGGUGGUCUGGCGUCACCGGUCUACGGGUGCGGUGAUAGCGCGCUCGUCGCAGCCGGAGGUCGGGUGGCUUGGUUGGCGUUCCAGCGAAGACGAACGAUUACUGGCCGCAUUCGUCACUGCCUGUAAUCAGGAUAGACCUAUUCCUAAUAAGCAACUAAAGCUGCUGAUAGUAGACGCGCGCUCGUACGCGUCCGCGGUCACGAACCGCGCGCGCGGGGGCGGCUGCGAGUGCGCGCAGUACUACCCCGCCGCGGACAUACAGUUUAUGAGCCUGCCCAACAUUCACCACGUGCGGCGCAGUUUCCAGCAGAUGCGUGCGCUCUCCGCCGAGCCCGGGGAGCAGGCCAACUGGCACAGCAACCUGGAGCGCACGGUGUGGCCGCAGUACGUGUGCGGCGUGGCACGCGCAGCGAGCGCGGUGGCGCGCGCGGCGCACGCGGGCCGGCCCGUGCUCGUGCACUGCUCGGACGGUUGGGACCGCACGCCGCAGCUCGUGGCCGCCGCGCAGCUCAUACUCGACCCCUACUACCGCACGCUGCAGGGUUUCCGAAUACUAAUCGAGCGGGAGUGGCUGGACUUCGGACACAAGUUCGCGGACCGCUGUGGCCAUCAAUUCGGCGCAGAAGACCCCAACGAGCGAUCUCCCAUCUUCCUGCAGUGGUUGCACGUCGUGUACCAGAUGAUGUUGCAGUAUCCCUGCAGCUUCGAAUUCAACGAAGCUUAUCUAAUAAAGCUGGCGACGCACGUGCACUCGUGCAUGUUCGGCACGUUCCUGUGCAACACGAGCCGCGAGCGCGCAGAGUGCCGCGCGAACGACACAACCGCGCAAGUGUGGCACCUGCUGCGAGCUCCCGCCUACCGCAACCACCUCUACACGCCGCCGCACCACCCGCACGAGCAGGUGAUCUGGCCGGAGUGCAGCGUGCGCGCCAUGCAGGUGUGGUGGGGCCUGCUGCGCGGGGAGCGCGAGCGGGAGCCGCCGCGCGUCGCCGCGCCGCCCGCCGCCCCCGCACCCCCCGCCGCCGCGCAGCAAGCCAGCGGUUUAAUGACGAAAACUAGAUCCUGUGAUAAUCUGCUUAAUGAAGGAGAGAAGAAAACUGCGCAAAGGAGAUGCAGCGACCCGAAUUUGGCGCCAGAUGUUAUGAAUUUGUCAUUGGUAGUAAACGGCGGCCCGACUGCGGAACGCUCCGAGGGCGAAGCUCCUGUACUCACCGACAGUUGCGUUGAACAGCUGCCCGGUGAUACGGACACGGAGACCGAUCAGGUCGACGGCCUCCACCCAGACCAUUUCGAGAACCGCUUGCGCGACAUCACGAGCAAUUCAUCAUCCUUGGAACGCGAGCUGGUGGCCGCACCCACCGUGCCAAUAAAUGAACACACGAGCGACGUUCCAGCGGACACGCCCGAGGAGCCACCUGUGUUCGUUUGCGAAACCUAUACCGACGUUCUUGGCAUGGCUGAAGCGGCAAGAGAAUCAGCGCGAACGAGAAACAUAAGCAUAACAUGGCGAUCUAUAUCGGAGUCCAGCAACCAAUCCUCUACCGGCUUCGACGUCCCGGAGAACUCGCCACAAAAUCACACCGAAUCUAAGAUCACCCGUCUCCAAGAGACACCCAUUGACAACCACAACUCCACCGAGGGGGACGCGGUCAAUCACAACACAGUGAACCAGCUGACCAACCACAACAGGGAGGUGGGCGACGGGGACGUCAACGGCCUAGUGAACGUUGCCACGAAAUUUCUAGAAGUAGACUUGAACGUUCCUCUCGCGGCAGGUGGCGGGUCGUCCAGCGGCGCGAGCUCGGAGAGCGAGGGCGAGGCGGAGCGCCUGGCGGGCGCGCGCGUGGCGAGCCAGCUCACGCUGUGCCCCGCGUCGCCGCGCCGCGCGCCGCGCCCCGCCUGCGCGCCGUGCCCGCACUGCGCCGUGUGCGCGGGCGAGGAGUCGUCGGGCUCCAGCGACGCGUGCUGGUGCGGCGUGUGCGACGGCGGCGCGGCCGGCUCGCGCGCGCGCUGCGUGUGCGGCGCCGGCCUGCGCGCGCACUGCGACUCGCUGGACGGCCUGCCGCCCGCCGCCGACCCGCUGCAGGCGCGGCUGCACCAGAUCAUCCUCUACCAGAAGAAAGUGGUAGAGGAAUUAAGUGGGCAACUCCGCGAGGCGCGCGAGGCUCUCCGGAGAGCGUCGCCCGCGCCGCCGCCUGCGACGCAGCCCGCCACCCAAGCACAGGUGGUCCGCAACGGCAACGGCGGCAGCUCGGCGAGUCGCGGCAGCGGCGGCGGCAGCAGCGCGGCGAGCGGCAGCAGCAGCGGCAGCGCGUCCGAGGUGGAGGUGGGCGAGGAGGCGCGCGGCGUGCUGUGGCUGCCCGACAGCGCCGCGCCGCGCUGCCAGCACUGCCGGAACCAGUUCUGGCUGGCGCGGCGCCGACACCACUGCAGACGGUGCGGCGGCAUAUUCUGCGGCUCGUGCUCGGAGAUGAGCCCGUGGGGCGAGCUGGGCGCGGUGCGCGUGUGUCGGCGCUGCCGCCUGCGGUGACGAGCCCAAACCGCCCCCGCCCCGCCCCGCUUGUACACCUUCAUAGCCGAAUGACGUUAGUGAUGUUUAAAACGUCACGAAUGUUCCUUCGACGAAAUUCGUCUUCGAUUCAACGACAGUAUUCCUCAAUGAACUGCUCACGAGUCACAAGUGACGCGUCGGUCGAACGAUUGACUCUCCUAUACUAAUUAGAUAUUAAUUAAUUAACGAUUACUUCCAAAUCAGUUCUAUAUUGUUCUAAUAAAGUUUACAUAAUGUUAUCGAUUUUUGUUUUUUUACUUAACGAUAAAUUACAACUAUCGUGUUGCAAAAUAUGUUAAUAAUGAAAUACUAUCCACAACUCGUCCUAACUCGUCAUUAAAAGGCGGCUUCGAAAUGUAAAUGUAACUAUAGAGGGAGAUUUUGUACGCUCGUCCGCACCGCGAGUGCGGUCUGACCUGCAUAACGAUACAAUAGUUUGUUUAUACUAGUCAGCCUGAUUCGUUUAACAUUUUAAAACAUUGUUUUGUUAUUUGUAAGAAUGUAUGAUUCCAAGACUUUUCCACGAGACACCAUGACAGUUACUCCCAACUUUACAUAUAUAUAAUGUUUAUAUAAUCCAAUAAAUUUAAAUUACGGUACAUUAAAGUUUAAUGUAUUUUAAAGUAUAUAUAAUUAUGUGCUGACUCCGAAAUGUAUUAUUAUAGACGAUAGGUCCGUAAAAAUUACACAACGGGCUAGACACUGUUUGAUGGGUCGAAGGAUAUAUCAUUUACUAGCGACUCCUAGGGUAAGCUAAAGCUGGACCGGAGUUGAUGUCGCAGUUAUCUAGUUUUAUUUGUGAUUUAAAUGAUUGCCUCAUUAAAGUGAUGCAUAGUUUACGCUAAGCGAUUAUUUAACGGCAAAUUACGCUAGACAUCUACGACAUAAAUGUUAGAUAAAUUGUGAUCAUUAGCAUAAUCAAAAUUAGGAGAGGAACUUCUAAAUAUUUUGCGUUGUGAAUGCAAGUGUCGUUACUAUGAUAUAAAAGUUUUCGAAAGUCCAAAAGCGAAGGCUGAUUUUGAUUUUUUUUUUCAACGAAUUUCUUAAAUGAAUAGUGACACGUAUCGUCAACGACUGCUCGUAUAGACUGAACUUUUUAAAACUUGUGGCGGAUAUAUAUAAUGGAAUGGUGUAAGCGAUUGUACUACGGUGAUAUAUUAAAACCUAUUUAUUUUAUAUUAUAAUGUAUAUAUAAAAUAAUAUGAAGAUAUUUAAAUAAUUGUAAAUUUUAUUAUUUUUUAUAAUUAAAUAAUUCUUCGUGUUAGUAAAAUGUACUUCAAUUCGAUCGACACCGUGUAUAAUCGUCUUAAUGAGUUAGCGUUAAAUGGAAUGUAAGAUGGGGAACGGUCCACAAAGAAAAGUUCUAUACUUUGUUAUUUCAGUUUUUCCUACAUUAUAUCGAUGAAAUCAGCGAUUGUUCGCCUUUAAACAAUAAUUGAAUUAAUCAUUAGAAAAUGAGAGAAAUGUUCGACUUUUUAAAAGUCUAUCGUCUGUUUAUCUUUUACUUUUUAUUAUUGCUUUAUAUAUUUAAUGACCGACUUUCUUAGAAUUAAAUGAAAUUUAAUAAUUGAGUGCCUAAACAGAGUUGAAAAGCAAAAUAAUUAUGCAAUAGUUUCUAUUUAGUAUAUCUGACCAGACUAAGUUUAAGGUUUACAGUAAACUUAACAUAUUAAUAAAAUAAAAAUUGAAUAAGCCACCAAUGUCGAAAAUAACAAUUUUUAAUAGAUGGUUUUUAAUAAAAACAAACACAAAAACAAUGUAGUUUAAUUACAAGCCAUCAAAUAAAAGUUAUGGACGAAAUAUAUUGAAUGAAUUCCGAAAUGAAUGGUCUGAUCAGGUUCUCUAAGUAACUAUUAUAUUAACAGUUAAUAAAUGAACAUUUAAACAACUUUCGAUCCCGUGAGGAAAUACGCGCAGUUUUGUAUUUUAUUUGUGAUAUUGAUUAUAAUUUUUGUAAAAUGCUAUAUAUAAGAGUUUAAAACAUGUUGAUAUACGUUACAUUUGUGGUGAUUAUUUAAUCGCGGUGCGUACUCGUUGAAUUUAUAUAAUUAUUGUUAUUAAUAAUGAUUUUAAAGUAUAAUCUAUCAGCUGAGCGUACUUUACUGAACACGAUAAGCAAUAACAAUGUUCAAAUGAUGAAAAUAAAACAUUAUUUAAGGUAAAUUGUAAUUGUAGGCUCAUACGAGACGCUGUUUGCCAUUUAAAAAAAUAUUGUUAACAAUAAUUACCGAACGAUCGAGAAAUACAUGUUCUCGCGAGACGUAUAUUAUAAAAUACCUUUUAAUAAAAUAUUGACGUGUAUUAAUUUUUGAAUUUGGCACAAGCUAACUAUACAUAUAAAAUAUUCAUUUGUUUUUUUAAUGUUUAAGAACUUAUAUCAAGAAUGUGUCUAAUUAGUAAUGUUUUUUAUUGAAAAAUGGAAUUGUUUCUUGCAAAAAUUAUAAACCACAAUUAAAGCUCGGAGUAACUUAAGUUUUAUUGUCGAAGUGCAACUUGUUUGUGACCAAUGAAUGAUAUAAUGUGGAAUAAAGCAUAUUUAGUUUUAUAA